AUCGUGUUAUCUGUUUUGUUUUAACCUUGUUAACUUGAUUGUUGCACCAUUGUGAGGUUUUGAAGAGUCACGCUUUACAAACAACAGGAUACAACUGUUAGCUUCAACGAGAAAUAGUAAAAGCCUCUCAAAAAAUGCAGUUAUGAGGCUAAUGGGACUGAAAGCCUCGCUAACGUUAGUCUAGCUGCUUUUAUCUCUGCUUUGUUAUAAUGUCAGCAGCGCUUUUAAUGCCCCUGCAAUGCAGCCGCCAUGGUAAACUUAUUUACAAAGUGUUUACGCAGACACAAGGACACAGAUACCUCUCAAAUGUCUGCCCAUCUGCUGAGCACAUCAGGAAGUUUAUUAUAGAAAACACGGAGAUAACAGGAGAGCAGAGCCUGACUCCUGAGAUCAGGCUGAGGUUAUUCACCCCCCGAUGCAGAUUCUGGCGAGAGAGACCGGAGUUAUGGCCCUUUGAUGACCCCUACUGGGCUAUAUACUGGCCAGGGGGACAGGCACUGUCGAGGUAUAUCUUAGAUAACCCUGAGGUGUGCCGGAAUCAGACAGUCCUGGAUCUGGGAAGCGGCUGUGGAGCCUCUGCCAUUGCUGCAACACUGCGUGGUGCUGCUCACGUAGUAGCUAAUGACGUUGACACUGUUGCAGCUGUUGCGACCCAAAUGAACUGUGAGCUGAACGGGCUGGAACCACCUGUUUGUCUGACGACAAACAUGAUUGGUUCAGAACCCGACGCCUUCAGCCUGAUCCUCUUAGGUGACAUGUUCUACGAUGAGGCCCUCGCCACUCACCUUCACAGCUGGUUGGACAGCUGUGUCAGAGUCCAUGGCACUAAAGUACUUAUCGGAGAUCCCGGCAGAGCCCAAUUUGAGAGUCACAGCAUCCGACAGCUGUUGCAUCAGCUAGCCCAGUUUGAGCUGCCUGAGUGUGUUAGAGAGGAGAACUAUGGUCUAACUUUCAGCACUGUUUGGUGCUACCGUCCUGAACUGUAACAAAUAAAUCGUAGCAUCUGUGAUGUAUUAAUCUCUGCCUAAUUAUUGUAUCAAAAAUACUCCCCUGAAUUGAAAUGUGAAGAUGUUUUGUGACUUCUACGCAGUUACUGUUUACUCUGGGUCAUGAAAAGUCUUCAUUGAAAAGAAGAAACAGAAGUGGAAGGGAAUACAAGCUUAAAGUUAUUCAUAAUUUUAGUGUAUUGUUAACUUGAUCACAAUUUUUAAAUGCAUGUAAGUUACACACUGCAUAUUAGUGCUAUUCACAAACAUUUGCAGAGAACUCUCAUGAAUAUAUUGGUAAAUCAACAAGAAACACUGAGAAAUAUGAUUCUUGAAAUAUUUGACCUGUAUAAAGUAUU